AUGUGUUCUGAGCGACGCGAAAUCGACGAAAAACGCGACCAGAGUGAGGUUAAUAAAGAAAAUCCUUCGAUGUCAAGCGAAACGCAACGCACUCCAGCAACAACAACAACAAAUAAUGGCGGUGUGGGAAAUAGCAGCGAUGGAGCGAAUAGCAGUAGUUCGAAGACAAGUCAUAAUUCGCAACCAACAGCGACAGAAAAAGAGAAGAGGACGCCACAGUCACUGCUCUUGAGGAAUGUAAUUGCUUCGGCUUCGAAUGCAUCGACAAGUCAUCAUCAUCAGCCAACGAGUACGGGCGGGACAACAGCGGGGAAUCCAGCGAGAACAGAUGAGAUUGAAGUUCAAACAGGGACGGGGCAGAAGGCGGGAAAUAAUGCAGCGGGAAAUGGGAAGAAUGAGAAUUUGAAGUCUGGUCGCUCAAUUGGAUGGAUAGUUUGUGCGCCAUGCAUUUUCUUGCGAACAUCGACGACAUUUAAGAAAAUGGCACUAACGACAUUAACACUUCUCGUGACGUCGCUUCUCGUUGCGAGUCCCAUUCUGUUUUUGACGCAAUUUGCAUUGCCGGCACGCGAUUGCACGAGGAAUCAUUGUAUCCCACCGCCAAAAUUUGUUAGUUCUCCGGAAUGUCAAGACGUCCUUUGCAAAAACGCAGCAAACUCAAUUCAAGCCCGCAUGAAUUGGAAAGCGGAUCCUUGCAACGAUUUCUACUCUUAUUGCUGCUCGAACAAUCCCGUCAACACAAUUCGUGCCGUCAAAUCCGCUCAAGAGCGCGCCGACACGGAAAUGCAGAUGUUGCUCUCCCAAAACACAACUUCCGGCAUUUAUCGUAAACUCGGGCGCCUGUACGGGAGUUGUUUGCGUCAAAGUGUCGUCAAUGCCUCGAGUAUUCGCUUGAUGUUGGACGAGUUGGGAGGUUACAUGCCGAUCGGAGCAAUUGGUCCACACACUCUUUCAACGAUAAUGUCUCGCAUCAGUUCUUACGGCUACAAUUCGCUGUUCGACGUGCAUUUUGACUUGACGUACGGGCGGAAACCGCAUAUCGUGCUCGUGAUUGAUGUGCCGUUUGCCAGUCCGAAUGUGCUCGAGAGAAAAAUCCGUUGGCGAACGAUGAAGGCGCCGAGAUUCGUGCACCUGACGUUCGACAGGAAAACUACUAACGAUGUGAUUGAUAAUUUUAUUCCCAUUGGCCUAAGUAGGGAAAUUGCUCUGAGGGAAAAACAAACAAUUCUCUCGUUUAUCGAUGAUUUGCUCGAGCUGCGAUACUCUUACAUGUCGCCCGAUUUCAGUAAUGGCCCAUCUGUGUACAAUUUGACAACUAUCAACAAAAUUAGCAACAAUAUAAAUUUCACGGAAUUCUUACCUGAUCCAAACUGGAAUGGCUCCAUUGUGCUUCGAAACGAGGAAUAUUUCAAACAAUUGGACAUUUUCCUCACUGCUCAUCCGAAACGUGUCAUCCACAAUGCUCUCUUGAUCCUCUUUGCGCUCAAUUCGCUGCCCGCUGGAGGCUCGCCGAAUGCCGCAACUUGCACGCGCGCCGUUCAAUGGGCAAUGCCCGAACUCUCGUCUGCCUUAUACGUGGGACAAUUCUCGCAGGAAUAUCUCGCGAACGCCCUUCAACGUGCCGACGUCAUUUUCGAGUCAAUUAAGGCGCAUCUGAAGCGGGCGCCAAGUCUCCGCGGAACAGCACUCGUCAAAUUAUCCGCCUUAAAGUUGCAAGGAGAAACAUGGCCUAGUUUGUACAAUGCGACGGAAAUUCACGCAUGGCUCGACGAAGUUGAAAUUUCCUCAGACAAUUGGAUACAAAAUGUGAUGCGGAUUUACAGGAAACGCAGCGAAUUUAACGGAUUCGGGGGAGAAAAUAUCACUUCUGACAGCCAAAUUAUAUGGUCCUAUCCGACAAUCGCGCGCCCAUUUUACGAUCCGCUGAGUCAAUCCAUCGUCAUUCCAGCUUCGUUACUCGUUCAUCCGUACUUUGAUCCGUCACUUCCGCAGUAUUUGCAGUAUGCGACAGUUGGAGUCCCGAUUGCGAAGGAGAUUUUACGCUCCGUUUCGCGAAAAUUUGAGGAAAAACUCAGAAAAUGUGUGCCCAAUUCCAUCGAUGAUUAUCCAAAAUAUACGAGGCAAAGUAUUUUAGUAUAUAGCGGCGCACUUCAGAUGAGUUUUCAUGCGUUACUUCAUCAAACAGGGAGCAAAAAUAUGAAUCGCAUUCCGGGAUUGGAUUUGACGCCAACGCAAAUUUAUUUUAUCGUCGCCGCACAAGAAUUUCAAUCAGAUUUUAAUUAUUUGUACAAUCGUGAUAACAAUUCAGCUGUUUUUAGUGAUCUAUUACAUUUCCUCGUGCCCCAAGGCGGAAGUGCAAGCAAAUCUUUCACAUGUGCAUCCGAUACGCGAAUUUACAAGGAAAAAACUUGCGAUAUUUGGUAA